CAAUCAAUCAAUCACCCCCGCGCCCACGGCCGCCAACCACCCCUGCCUCUACCACGAGCACCCUGCACCGCCAACGCGGCAGCAUCCACCGCGAAGCCCUGGGCCACGCGACGAGCCUGCCGCCCUACGCCACACGACCGGGGCAGGUUGCGCAAGACGCUCAUGCUGCUCUUCCAGCUCGACGACUCCACCGGCAGAGGCGUCGCGCGUCCGUCCGAGGGGCCCCAAUCGGCGGAGUUCCAGUCCGUUUCCGAAGGAGGAGGCCGAGGGGGCAAGCGGAUCUAUUUUCCCCCCUGGCACGUCUCUCUGUCCACCGAUCUCCGCCGCCUCACUGCUCGCAUCGUCGGCCUCACCCGCCGCAGGCAGCUCGCCCAGAUCAUGGCGGAGGUGGAAGCAGCGCGGUGUCGUGUGCGUGGGGGCGGGUUGCUCAACACCAUCGUCAUGAACGUGGUUCUCGAGCCAUGCGUGUGCGGCGGCGACGUCGAUGUCGACCGAGCGCUCUAGCUGUUCGAGGAAAUGCGUGGGCCCAUGGGGUGCGGCGUCGACGAUGUUUCCUACGGCAUCCUGCUGAAGGUCUGCAGUUUCUGUUAAUGCUCACAUCCUUAACGCAAGCACAAAAGUUCAUUUGGUCAGUUGUCUGUUCUAAGUGGUUGUGAGUAAUGGUGGAAUUGUGGAGAUAACUGAAGAAGAACAAUGUGAUUCCGACAACAUAAUCUAUCCUAAAAAUGUAUGAUAAGGAUGCAUAUCCACUAAAUCUAAUGAAAACAGCAUUGAUAGAAGGGAAACAAUAUGGAUACUUAAUUCUUUUACUCAUCCUUCACUAAUUGUUUGCUGACUGUAUAACUGUUGGUUGGUAUGAUGCCAAUUUGCUGAA